CUAGCACAGUAACUAUUGUAUGAAUGAAUUAAUGUAUCAGAUGCAUAGGGGGCUUCUUAAUCCUGGAGGAAAAUUGGACAUGCCCUCAAAGCUUCUUUCUAGGCUGCUGUGUGACCUUGAGACAACGUCUUGGCCCCUCUGGGUCAGUGUCAGCUCUGGCUCAGCAUAGGCCCAGAUUUUGGAGCCAAAUCCUAUUGUUUUCCCCUGCCACUAGCCAGGGCCCUGGGAGUGUCGCUGUUUACCUCACCCUCCUCCUACUUGCCAGCACCAGACCCAGAGGCAACUGUGGCAGCCAGAGGGCCCAGGGAUGAGCUCGCAGGCCAAAAUUUUCAAGGAGAAACCUUGCAGGGUGGAAAAGGAGCAUUUGUUAGGGAGAUGGAGGAGGUGGGAGCAAGGCUAUUGAUCCCAUUCCCUGGGUUCACCUUGACUUGGGCUUUAAAUCAGAAGCAGCUCUGGGGUUAGGGUCCUCAACCCCAGAGUAGGCUCCUUGGAACCUCAGGACAUGACUUCCCUGUCUCCCCAAAGUCUCAGAGGAGAGGCUGCUUCCUGAAAAGGGACGGGUAAGCUGUGCAGGAGACAGAGCAGUGCAGCCAUGGGGUGCAUGGUGAGGGGUCGGGCAGGACUGGGAUGGGUGAGGUUCUAGUGGGGACCAGCCUGAAGACGGUGCCCCCAGUCUGGGCCCCAUUCAUCAUGACAGACAGAGCCAUGAGGCUUUACCAGGCACAGGGGGUCUGAGCGCCUUCGAAAGGGUAUGCCCUCCACUUCAGGGAGCGGAGGGGGAAGACGGGGGCACUUGCGGUCAGGGGGAAAGGGGAUAGAACGGCCUGAUUGGAAGAUUGUGACAGGGAUUCAGAAGGGAUGUUCUUAGGCGUGGGAGACCCACAGACACGUAUACAGAGCUACAAAUUCUUGGGUACACAGAGAGUAACUCACAGACACAAGCCCAGACAGGGAUACACACAGUUACACACACACAGACACUUGGAUGUGCAAAAUUACUCAGGUACCCACAGCCCUUCAGACACCCAGAGUCCUUCACACACACGCGCGCGCGCGCACACACACACACAGUCACAGAUUUGUACGCAGUUGCUGAGACACCCACGUAAACAUGCCCAUGUCCACAGUGUCAGACCUGAGUGUUCUCACGAGUACACAGACUCUUACAUGGACGUGCCCAGUAUCACGUUAUAGCUCCACAGACUUCAAUGUACAUCCAUGGUGGCACGUGUGAACAUGAGAACAGAAAUAUAACUACACAGACACACUCAUGCACAGUGAACACAGACACUGAACACACAUACAAAUCAGCAUUGUACCUUCCCACCUCCACCACUUUGCCUCCCAGAAGCAGGAGGGAUUAAGACAAGACAGGAGAAGCCUGCCCUCCCCGCCCCCCAGCAGGACACUAGCUAUGUCCCUCCCCUCUAGACGCCCCCCCCACCAAGCUCUCGGCUUGGAAACUCCCUGGAUUUCCCAGAGGGCCAGCCAACCAGAACAGGCUCAGACCUCCCAACCCAGCACUCUGGACACACACCCUCCACAGCUCUAGCCAGUCCAUCAUCCACAGCCAAGGAGCUGCUUGUUUUCCCCCAAGAAACCCAUCCUGAUGAAUCCUACACCUCUCCAACCCGUUUUAGACAUGAGGUUCUCGGGCCUCAGGGACUCGUGGCAGCUAUGCUUGGGCCCAGUUCCUCUGCAGAUGUUCUAAAGUAUCUUCCAUGCCAAUGGAGUAAGACUCAGAAGGCCUGGGAAGUGGCAGGCCCUGUCUUGGGAACCCACUUUGGGAAGAGAAGUCUGCUCAUAUGGAGCAGAAGUGGACAGAACAUGGCCAGUCCUAACGUGGGGUACAGGGAGGGGGGCCCUCCACCAGCACACUGGGGCUCCCAAGGGUGGGAACAGGCUCUUCCUUCUCUCUGGAGUCACCAGAGUCUUGCCUCAGAUUGGAGCAUAGCAGAAUUGGCCCCAGGGAUUUCCAUGCCUAGUCAGGGCUGCUACUGGCUCAAAACAGCCCAGCCCUGGGCAGAGCUCUGCAGCAGACAAUGAACCGGUUCUGACCUCCAGUCUCCAGGAAGACAAAGAGAUUCCCCUGGCCCCAGUCUGUUUAACUAGCCCCAGCUACAGCCCAUCCAGGCCAUGGCCCAGCUCAGCUACAGCUGCAGACCCUAAAAUGAGGGCGCUGGAGAAUGUGAGAUCAAACCUCCAGAUGGAAGUCCUUUGCAGUGGAGCAGAGCCAACAAACACUACAGCUGCUUGAGUUGAAGCUAGACACCAGACAGACUUCCUGGGCCUAGGAGAGAAUUCUGAGGGGCUGGUGUGAUGAGAGAAGGAGAGGAUGGUUCCGUCUGGGGGCAGAGGAUGAGGAGAAGGACCUCACAAACCUCCUUUCAGUCCACGGUUCCUGCUUCAACUCCCAGACUGCAUGCAAUGAGGAAAUAGUGCUUCCCAAAGGAAAGAUGGAGCCAGAGCCCACACCCAUUCCCGGGGCAGAGGAGGAUCCGGUCUCGGAAGAGAACAUGUUCAUCUCACCCAUCAGAAGCAGAGUCUCACUAGGAUAAGUGCCCUCUUGUCUGAAAUGGAUAUUCCUGCCUGGACCAAGAAGUCUCCAAAUGUUUUAGUCUACCCCACCCUGGUGCCAGAUGACCACCACCAUGCCCCUAGCCACGGCUGACAUGAGAUAGACAGCCCCUCGGGGCAAGGGGAAGCUGAUAUCAUAAUUAUUGGCUCACCCAGCAGCUGCCUCCCCUCACCUGAUGUCAGCACAGACCCGGGACGGCCAAGCUGACGGACUGACAGACGGACUGAGCUCUUGGCCCCCCAGCCUUGGGCCCCCACGCCGACCUGCUUCAUUGAGCAGCCGGCUUUCUUCGAGGCCAGGACUGGGUGAUGGUGUCACUACUCCCGCCGCAAUCUGACGUCACGCUGCCGGGCCCCACCAUCCUGGAGGGCGAGCCCCAAGGGGACCUCAUGCAGGCGUCAGGCCUCCCAGGCUCCCCUGCCCCACAAAGCAAGCACGCCGGCUUCAGCUGCUCGUCGUUUGUGCCCGAUGGCCCUUCAGAGAGGGCACCCUCACUGCCCCCACACAGCCCCAGCAUUGCAUCACCAGGCCCCGAGCAAGGCCACUGCCCAGCCGGCCCCGGCCCGGGUCCCUUCCGGCUGUCACCCUCAGACAAGUAUCCAGCCUUCGGCUUUGAGGAGGGCCCAGCAAGCAGCCCCGGGCGCUUCCUUAAAGGCAGCCACGUGCCUUUCCACCCAUACAAGCGGCAUUUCCAGGAGGACAUCUUCCCCGAGGCCCAGGCCGCUCUGGCCCUCGAUGGACACUCUUUUAAGACUCAGGAGGUGCUGGAGGCCUUCGAGGAGAUUCCUGUCGAUGUGGGGGAGGCCGAGGCCUUCCUGCCUGGCUUCUCAGCAGAGGCCUGGUGCAAUGGGCUCCCCUACCCCAGCCAGGAGCACAGCCCCCAAGUCCUGCAGGGGUCAGAAGUCAAGGUCAAGCCCCCAGCUCUGGAGAGUGGUCCCGGGAUGUACUGUUUCCAGCCUCCCUUGCAGCACAUGUACUGUUCCUCCCAGCCCCCCUUCCACCAGUACCCACCAGGUGGUGGCAGCUACCCUGUACCCUACCUGGGCUCCUCACACUAUCCGUACCAGCGGAUUGCACCCCAGGCCAGCACCGAUGGGCACCAGCCUCUCUUCCCCAAACCCAUCUACUCCUACAGCAUCCUCAUCUUCAUGGCCCUUAAGAACAGUAAAACUGGGAGCCUUCCUGUCAGCGAGAUCUACAAUUUUAUGACGGAGCACUUCCCUUACUUCAAGACAGCACCUGAUGGCUGGAAGAAUUCCGUCCGCCAUAACCUAUCUCUCAACAAGUGCUUCGAGAAGGUGGAGAACAAAUCAGGAAGUUCCUCUCGCAAGGGCUGCCUGUGGGCCCUCAAUCCGGCCAAGAUUGACAAGAUGCAGGAGGAGCUGCAGAAGUGGAAGAGGAAAGACCCCAUCGCUGUACGCAAGAGCAUGGCCAAGCCAGAAGAGCUGGACAGCCUCAUUGGAGAUAAGAGGGAGAAGCUGGGCACACCACUGCUGGGCUGCCCACCCCCUGGGCUGGCAGGCUCAGGCCCUGUCCGGCCCUUGGCACCUCCAAUUGGGCUCUCCCAGCCACUGCACUCGAUCCACCCAGUUCCGGGCCCUAUUCCGGGCAAAAAUCCCCUGCAGGACCUACUUGGGGGGCACGCGCCCUCCUGCUAUGGGCAGACAUACUCGCACCUCUCAUCGGGCCUGACCCCUCCUGGACCUCCGCAGCCGUUGUUCCCACAGCCGGAUGGGCAUCUUGAGCUGCGGGCCCAGCCAGGCACCCCCCAGGACUCGCCUCUGCCUGCCCACACCCCACCCAGCCACAGCACCAAGCUGCUGGCUGAGCCUUCCCCAGCCAGGACCAUGCAUGACACCCUGCUGCCAGACGGAGACCUUGGCACUGACCUGGACGCCAUCAAUCCCUCUCUCACCGACUUUGACUUCCAGGGAAACCUGUGGGAACAGCUGAAGGAUGACAGCUUGGCCCUCGACCCCUUGGUACUGGUGACCUCGUCCCCGACAUCAUCUCCAAUGCCACCAGCCCCCCCACCACCGCACUGCUUCCACCCUGGGACCUGUCUGGCAGAGACAGGCAAUGGGUCAGGCAACUUGGCACCACCAAGCAGCGGGGCCUCAGGGGCACUGGGUGACCUGCACCUCACUACCCUCUACUCAGCCUUCAUGGAGCUGGAGCCCACGCCCCCCACGGCCCCUGCUGGCCCCUCCGUGUACCUCAGCCCCAGCUCCAAGCCCAUGGCCCUAGCAUGAGCUGUGCCCAGCAGAAGCUCCAGCCUUUGCCUGGCCUGGGAGUCCCAGCGGGCCGCCCAUGUUGGGCUCACUUCAAAGGUCAAAGAAGGAAAACACUCCCUGUCCCCUAGGGCACUGAAGCCGACUUGUUUGUUAGCUGGCAGCUGGGGGUGGAGAAGAUACCACCCAGGAUGCUGCCCUUCACAAUUUCUGCUGCCUGGUGGGCCAGCUCCUCACUCAGAGCCCCUGAAGAACAAGUGUCCAGGCAAGAAGAAAACAACUCUCCCUAGCUCACACUCAUCCACACUCAAGCCUUCACGCACGUGUGCAUGCACACAGUUAUUCAGACAUACACCCACCCCCAUACUUUAUACCCAGAGGAAUCAGAGCUACGUCACAACGCCUGGCUUCAUUUCUGGGGCAGCUGAGGGCUUUGGGUACCAAAAGCUCAGGGCCCCCAUGCCAGGUCCAAGAAUACCCCGCACGCUAUUCUGACGUCCACAUUCUCAUGAUCUUCCCCAAAAGUCCCUGUAUUUAUUCUCCCAUCUUCAUCCCAGUAGCCCAUCAAGGAGGAGGAGAUAUGGAGCCUCUCCCCAAGUUGUCUGGGGACUCCCCAGGGGGCUGCUUUAGCAGCACCAACUCUGCCAGGCUCUUCCCGUCCUCAGCCUAUGCUCUGUCUAGCCUUCCCCAGAGUGACACACAGGAGGGGCAGCGUCCACCCCAGGACCAAACUGAGCCCAAUUCCAGCACAAAGUGUUUGGAAAAGCCCCUGCCCUUGGAAACUUGAAAGUGAACUCUUCUCCCAGCCCUGGGUGCAGGAAGGGCCCCUCGAGGUCACAACAGUCUCACUCUUUCUCUAUAAGAAGUUCGUGUAGUUUAGGCUCCAGCUUACUAGUUACUUCCAACGGUCUCAGGCAGCCUGGGCAUUGAGGGAAGGGAAGCCUGGUACAGGCUGGUGGGGGAGCACCCAUGUCCCCUCUCUGCUUGGCAGACCUGGGAUGCCCUUGGAGCUGGGGGUUGUGGCCCAGUUGCCUGCCAUGCCCUACCUGAGAGCCCAACCCCCACCAAGUGGGAGCCUCAGCCUCCCCUGGGCCUGGGUGACAAGAACCCCCAGAAGUUGGCCCCAGGCUCAGAUGAGGCACAAGCAGAUCCCAAGAUGGCCUGCCAUU